AGUAGGUCUAACGAUAUCAUACUAAAGAACAGAAGAAUACUGACAGAUGGGAAAUGUCAUUUAUGAUAAGUACUAUGUAACGUGUAAUUUUUAAUGUAAAUUGAUAAUAUUACUUUAUAUAAUAAAAUUACGAUUAAUUAUAAUUUUAAACCCUUUGAUGCCAUUAUGUAGAUUUCAUGCAAGAAUCCCAAAGAUUGUAGGACAUUCCAGAAUAAAAUAAAAAGUCAUAAGAAUCGGCUUAAAGUUUAUAUAGAAAUAAUAUUAAUCAAAAUGUCCUGUUCUGCUAUAUAUAUUUUAGAUGUUAAAGGAAAAGUUCUCAUUUCUAGAAAUUACAGAGGCGAUAUUGAUCUGGGAGUUAUCGAAAAAUUCAUGCCCUUGUUGAUGGAAAAAGAGGAAGAAGGGCUCGUAACUCCAAUUUUACAAAUUGCUGAAUGUACUUUUUCUUACAUCAAGACUAACAAUCUUUACAUAGUAAGUACUACAAAGAAAAAUGGGAACAUAGCUCUCGUAUUUGUAUUUUUACAUAAAAUUGUCCAAGUUAUGACUGAAUAUUUUAAAGAACUCGAAGAAGAAAGUAUAAGGGAUAAUUUUGUUGUGAUCUAUGAGCUUUUGGAUGAGCUUCUUGAUUUUGGAUACCCUCAAACCACUGACAGCAAAAUUCUUCAAGAAUAUAUCACACAAGAGGGCCACAAGCUAGAAAUACAACCCAGAAUUCCUGUUGCUGUAACAAAUGCAGUAUCGUGGCGUUCUGAAGGGAUCAAGUAUAGAAAAAAUGAAGUAUUUUUAGAUGUAAUAGAAUCUGUAAACUUAUUAGCAAGUGCUAAUGGCAACGUUCUUAGAAGUGAAAUAGUGGGGGCUAUCAAAAUGAGAGUAUAUCUUUCUGGAAUGCCUGAAUUGAGACUAGGGCUUAAUGACAAAGUAUUAUUCGAAAGUACGGGGAGAGGGAAAUCUAAAUCUGUGGAGUUGGAAGAUGUUAAAUUUCACCAGUGUGUUAGAUUAUCUAGAUUUGAAAUUGACAGAACUAUCUCAUUUAUUCCUCCUGAUGGUGAAUUUGAAUUAAUGUCGUACCGUUUGAAUACACAUGUUAAACCUCUAAUUUGGAUUGAAUCUGUUAUAGAACGGCAUGCACAUAGUAGAGUUGAAUACAUGAUUAAGGCUAGAUCACAAUUUAAGAGGCGAUCUACUGCAAAUAAUGUUGAAAUAAUCAUUCCAGUGCCUCACGAUGCCGACUCUCCUAAAUUCAAAACAACUAUUGGUAGUGUAAAAUAUGCUCCUGAACAAAAUGCUAUUACUUGGAGCAUUAAAUCAUUUCCAGGAGGCAAGGAAUAUCUAAUGAGAGCUCAUUUUGGACUUCCCAGUGUUGAAUGUGAAGAUACGGAAGGAAAACCACCAAUACAAGUUAAAUUUGAAAUUCCUUAUUUCACCACUUCAGGUAUACAAGUGAGAUACUUGAAGAUUAUUGAAAAAAGUGGAUACCAGGCUUUACCUUGGGUUAGAUACAUUACACAAAAUGGAGACUAUCAACUGCGUACUAACUAAACAUGUUCAAUUUUUUUAUGUAGAAAUUAUACUUUAUACAUCAACCUUCAAAUGUGGUAUUGUAUAACAUAUGAGGUAUGGUCAGAUAGCUUCCGACCCAGAUAUAUUGUUAAUGAUGAUAAAUGAUUGCAAUCAAUGUAUUAAACUUUAUUUUCUUUACUUUACUUCUAAUCUACUAAGUUUUACAUAUGAAACUGUUUAGUGCUCCUUACAAAUGAAAUGGCCCAGUUUAAUACAAAACUAAUUUCCUUUUUUAGAGUCACACAAUUGUUUCUUGAUUGUCCUGUUUUAAUUUUCUUGUGAAUUUAUUCUUUAAAUUCUUUUUUGCACAUUUUGCUAAAUUUCUUUUGGAGUUUCUUUAACUGUUGGAGAUAUUCACUUAAAUACUCACAAUUUACAUUGUCUAAAGCGGGUUUCGAUACGAACUUAUCGUCUUCAGAGACUGAAAUCUUCUGAAUAGACAUGGAUAUUUAUAAAAAUAAUCAAAUUAAAAAGUUUCAAAUUUCAAGCGCCAAAUUCAAAAUGUAACAAAAUAUAGAUGGCUCUAAAAUGAAUAUUAGAUAUUACGAGGGCUGUUUUUUUUCAACCAUCGAUUGCUUCGUGACAACGCUACACGGUCAGAAGAAAGAGGGCAUGCACUGUAGCCGACUGCGAAGCUCUCGCACUACACUCGUUUUCUACAGGCUGAAGGAUAUAGUGCUACAGAAAUCCAUCGGAGAAUGAGUCAUGUAUAUGAGGGAAACUUCAUGAGUGAUGGGCAUGAUGAAGGGGACCAAGGGCGCAAAUCUGCCGUUUCAGAUGACUUUGUUCAACGAGUUGACAAAAUGUUUAAAGUAAACAGCAAAUUCACCAUUACUGCUUUGUCGAUGGAAUUUCCAGAAGUUUCAAGGUCUGUUUUGUUCUCUAUUGUACUUCAUUUCUGAAUUGACUGUUAUUUUUCUCAUAAAGUAAUUCAUCCAAUACUUCGAUAGGUUCACAACAUAUUCUUGUAAAAGUGACUUUAGUCAUGGAAGAAAUAACAGAAAAAGUCAGUCAUUCAAUACUUUGUGUAAUUUACAUACAAUCACUUGUAAAAAAUUGGGCUUGAGUGAAAUGAAAUGUCCAACCAGCUCAUAUCUGAACCUCACUGUACCACAGAGGGUAAAAUUUUCCUAUCUUCUAUAGAAGCACUAUUGUAACAAAUCUUAAAAGAUAUUUUAUUAAAAUAUAAACAAUAAGUAUUGUAUUUUAAAUUUGUAAAAUAUAAAAGGCUUUUCUUUUUAA